AUGGAAGACGGUUACAGAGAAAGGGUGAUAUGCCUCAGUACUCACCAACUUCCCUUCUCUCAGACACUCCUCAUCUGCCUGGUCGCCGUGGCCGCCGCCGCCCCAGAUAAAGACGCUACGACAGUGCUGGAUAAGCGAAGUGACUCCGGAGACGAGAACUUCCACUACAACUUCCAAACCAGCAACAGAAUAGCCGCCCAGAAGACUGGAACCCCGGGCUCCGAGGGCCAGAGCAACAUGCAGGGCUCCUUCAGGUUCAGACUCUCUGUCGGCACUGUCGGUGAUGUCCGCUACAUCGCCGACGACUUCGGCUACCGCCCCGAGUCUCCGCUGAUCCCCACGCCCCACCGUCUCCCUGCCCACGCCGUCGAGCAGAUCCGCGUUGCUCAGGAGCAACGCGCUAAGGGCAUCACCUUCGACUAAUACACACUAAUAAGUCGACCUGCCGCACCACAUCUCUUUAAGUCUCUUAACCUCCUGUUAAGAGAGAUACAGAACGCGUACCUUCAACGUC